AUGGCGGCACAGCCAGUGCCUCAUCCGUCGACGGAUAGGAAGCGGGUCAAGGUCUACGAGCUUCGCAACAACGACUGGUUCGAUCGCGGCACCGGUUUCUGUACUGCCGCCUUCAAUUCCGAAGAAGGCCAGAGAAACCCCCGCGUCAUUGUCGAGUCCGAAGACCAGCCCGACCGUGUCUUGCUUGAAACGAGAAUAUGCAAAGACGACGGCUUCCACAAACAGCAGGAAACCCUCAUCGUCUGGACGGAACCGAGCAAUGGCAUCGAUAUGGCCCUGAGCUUCCAGGAAGCCGAGGGUUGCGCCAUGAUCUGGAAAUUCAUCCACGGUGUUCAACAGCAAUACAAUGCUGCAAACCCGCAAGAUGACAGCCUCUCAGACGACCUUCCUAUGGACAUGCCGAACCCAAUAACCCUUCCUCAGGCCUCGAUUGCUAACCUCGCCGAAAUUGAGUCGCAAAUGCGUAUGAUGAGUGGAUCAGCUAAUGGUCGCGAUGCUCUCACCAAGUACGUUCUUGCCGAGGAUUUCAUCGGCAGACUGAUCCCCAUCGUUUCUGACGCCGAAGACCUCGAGAGUCUCAACGACUUGCACCGCCUCUGCAAUAUUAUGAAGAUCAUCAUUCUUCUCAACGACACGAGCAUUAUAGAACACGCCGUAUCGGACGAGUGCGUGAUUGGCGUCGUAGGCGCUUUGGAAUACGAUCCGGACUUCCCGAGCCACAAGGCUAACCAUCGCCAAUGGUUGGAAGGUGAGGGAAGGUAUAAGGAGGUGGUGCGCAUCGAAGAUGAUCAGAUUCUUAAGAAGAUUCACCAGACGUACCGCUUACAGUACCUGAAGGAUGUUGUGCUGGCCCGUAUCUUGGAUGAUAAUACCUUCUCGGUCCUGAACUCUCUCAUCUUCUUCAACCAGGUGGAUAUUGUCCAACAUCUCCAGGCGAACGGCAAAUUCCUAGGCGAGCUCUUUAAUAUUUUCAAACCUGGCCAACAAGAUGCGAGCCGGAAGAAAGAAGCCGUUCUCUUCAUACAGCAGUGCUGCGCGAUCGCUAAGAACCUUCAGCCACCGGCUCGGCAGACCCUCUACAACAACUUCAUCGCUCACGGUCUGCUUGAGGUCAUCAAUUUUGGUCUCAAGCAUAAUGACGUGGCAGUCCGCGUUGGCGCAACCGACGUCUUGGUCUCCAUGAUCGAUCACGACCCGCAAAUGAUCCGCCAAACGAUAUAUCGGCAGAUUCACGAGAAGCGCGCCCCUUUGACCGACACACUCAUCGACAUGUUACUAGUUGAAACCGAUCUGGGGGUCAAGUCCCAGAUUUCCGACGCUUUGAAGGUACUCCUUGACCAAGGGCCUCCAGCUCAAGCUGAGGCAUUCGCGAAAGCCAAUGGCGAGUACGCCGCGAGAGCAGCACCGAGACUGCCGCCGAGUCAGGAUCCUCAACAAGACCAGUUCUUGACGCUUUUCUACGAAAAUUCGGCCGCCAAACUGUUCCAGCCGCUAACGGCGUUGGAAGGUCGGACAAGCAUGGAAUUCACUGUCCAUGAGGCAUCCUCCUUCACCUAUUUGAUCGAGAUUUUGUGCUUCUUCAUUCGGCAACAUCACCAUCGUAGCAAAUACUUCGUCUUGGCCAACAACAUCAUUUCACGCAUUGCGCAGCUUCUGCACUGCCCGGAGAAGUUCUUAAAGCUUAUUGCCGUGCGAUUCCUGCGUCAGCUCGUCGGUCUCCAGGAUGAGUUCUACGUCAAGCAUAUGUCGGAAAAGAUGGUCAUCGGACCCAUACUGGAUGUCCUCAUCGAGACCAUGCCGCGAGACAAUCUCCUUAGUUCUGCGUGUCUCGAGUUCUUCGAGUUCAUCAGGAAGGAGAGUAUCAAGGACCUUGUGAAGCACAUCGUCGAGAAUUACCGGGAGAAAGUGCAGGAGUUGGCGUACUUGGACCUCUUCCGGACAUUAAUUAUCCGGUAUGACCAGACUGGAGGGUUCACGGCGAAUAUGGACUAUUUUCUCGAGGUAGAGGAAGACGUCGGGCGGAGACGAACGAAUAUCAACCCCCGCACGGGAGGACCAAUGGAGCAUCUGACGACUAUGGACCAGGCUGAGGAGGAAUACUGGAACACAUCAGAUGACGAAGACGACUUGCAGGCAAAAUCGAGCGGUCGGACGUCGGCUUUGAAUGGCGCGUCGCCAAGCUCGAAGCUUUUGGUAGAUUAUGCUUCCGACGAAGAAGUUGAUGAUAAUAUCGACGCUGGAGCGAUCUCCGCCGACGAGGAUGGGCAAGAGGAUGGGGUCAGGAAGUCGGACGAUGGACUCCCUAACGUUGGAACGCCGCCGGAACGUUUGUCUGAGAAGCGUCGACGUGAGGAGGAUGAAGAGGACGAUCUGAGCAAAAUGAUCCAACACAAGCGUCGAAACAGCACCUCGGCCACUUCCAAUGCGUCAAGUACCUCCAGUCUACUCCGAAAGAAGAAGGGAAUGGUGGGUGGUCGAGAUUCUGGCGGUGGGCCCAAGAAGAUUUCCAUUAGCCUUUCCUCGAACCUCAAGUCUGGCGAUGGCCAGAGUGGCAACCAAGCCGACGACGAGGCGUGA